CCUGCCAGCGACUCUGCCCUCCCGGGUCCAGCCGCGUCCGCGCCUGCGGCUCGGGCCACCCGGCAGCUCCAAGCAUGGAGAGGAGGGCGCGGAGCUCUUCCCGAGAGGCCCACGGGCGAGGCGGCCGGUCCCCACACAAGGAGAACAAGAGGGCGAAGGCCGAGAGGGGCGGUGGAGACCGCGGGCGCCGGGAUGCCAGGCCCGAGCGGACGGGCUCCGGACGGGCGGGGGGGCCGGGGGAGCCCCGAACGCCCGCAGCCACCGUGGUGGACGUGGAUGAAGUCCGCGGCUCCGGCGAGGAGGGCACCGAGGUGGUGGCGCUACUCGAGAGCGAGAGGCCCGAGGAAGGCAUCAAGACCUCUGGUUUAGGGGCCUGUGAGUGGCUUCUUGUCCUCACUUCCCUGCUCUUCCUCAUUGUGACCUUCCCUUUUUCCGUCUGGUUCUGCAUAAAGGUUGUACAGGAGCAUGAAAGGGUAAUUAUAUUCCGACUGGGACAUAUGCUUCCUGGAAGAGCCAAAGGCCCUGGUCUUUUCUUUUUUUUGCCCUGCCUGGAUACCUACCACAAGGUUGACCUUCGUGUCCAAACUUUGGAGAUACCCUUUCAUGAGGUUGUGACCAAAGACAUGUUUAUAAUGGAGAUAGAUGCUGUUUGCUACUACCGAAUGGAAAAUGCCUCCCUUCUCCUAAGCAGUCUUGCUCAUGUGUCCAAAGCUGUCCAAUUUCUUGUGCAAACCACCAUGAAGCGUCUCCUAGCACAUCGAUCCCUCACUGAAAUUCUUCUUGAGAGGAAAAGCAUUGCCCAAGAUGUGAAGGUUGCCUUGGAUUCAGUGACCUGUAUCUGGGGAAUCAAAGUGGAAAGAACAGAAAUGUGGCAAGGAUGUGAGGCUGCCGGCUGGGCUUCAGCACUCCCUGGCUGUGGAAGCCGAAGCUCAAAGACAGGCCAAAGUGCGGGUGAGCCAGCGCUGAGCACUCUUGUCUUCCCACCGAAACUGCCCUUUGAGGAGCACCAGAGAAUCCAAAAGAAGGCCUGCUCACGGAGAACAUUUCCCCUUUGCUUCUUUCACCUUUUAUUCAGCCAGACACAGGGCAGAAUCUGGCGUGUGCCCUUACCAUUCUGCUAAAUUGCUCUCUUAAAUUGUGUUAGUAGCUUCCCAACCGACUAAUGCAACAUCUCUCCUUCUCUCUGAAACUGGUGAUAACAGAGACCACCUCCUCCUUGACCCUUGCCUUCACUCUCUCCCCUUAAAGGCAUCUCUUCCCCAAACAUCAUCCCAUCCCUCUUCUCUAGUGCUGGCAUUGUCCCCUGAAUAAUAAUCUCAGUCACCUAUCACCUCUAGGUUAGCCCAGAACUAUAUUCCUAGCGCAGUGCAAGUUUUGGAGGGACAACCAUGAUCACGGCCCAAUCCCCGUGAUGCCAGAGCCAAGAGCAGGCUGCGCUGCUCACGGCCUCACGCAGGCCAGCCAGUGAGAAACAGAUCUGGCUGCCGGCAGCUUCUCAUGAUUGAGGCAUGGGCGGGUGGGGUGUCGGGAAGAGGACAAUGAGGAAUGAAGGGAGGCAGAUUUCUCUCAAAGAACGGAGAGAAGGAAAAAAUCCUAAUCAUUUAAGAGGAUCAAUAACUUUGGGACAAUGAGGGGAGAUAGGGAAGGGGAAAGGGAGAAAGGUGGUCCCCUGGGCAAAGUUACUUUUAGGUCUCUGGGCCUAGUCCUCGAGGAUUUGCCUACUUUCAGGUGGCAUUUCGGUGAUGACACCGGCACAUUCUCUCCAGAAGUGUUUACCCAUUCACUUUGCCCAAGUUGGGAGUUACCCUUUCUUACUUCCAUGCCUUUGCCUGGAAUGCUGGCCAACUUUUUCUCUAUAUUGACAAAAUCUUACUAAUCCUCCAAGGUCCACCAGGCAUUAAUAAGUCUCCUUCAUUUAUGGCCCUUAACAGCUUCUACCUUACAUUACAAUUAAUAAUUUAAUCUGUCUCCCUAGCUCAAGACCCUUCAGAAAAAAGGCCCAACCUGUUCUGUGCGCAACAAUGCCCGCCACCCAGUAGAUGCUCAGUGCUUGUCUGCUGAGUCACACUGAACAGUGAUUAUGACCUUCAUGGAAUGAAGAACCAUGACUUUGCUUUUCUCCACAUCUGUUUUCUAGAUGAUUGCUGCAGAAGGGGAAAAGGCUGCCUCAGAGUCCCUGAGGAUGGCAGCUGAGAUUCUGUCAGGCACCCCAGCUGCUGUUCAGCUUCGAUACCUCCACACCCUUCAGUCUUUGUCCACAGAGAAACCUUCCACUGUGAUUCUACCCCUGCCAUUUGACCUGCUCAAUUGCCUGUCUUCUCCCAGCAAUAGAACUCAGGGAAGCCUCCCCUUCCCAAAUACUUCCAAACCCGUUGAACCACUAAAUCCUAAAAAGAAAGACUCUCCCAUGUUAUAGGGGGGAUGGGGCAAAGGAUACUGUGAGUAUGAAGGGGCCUGCCAUAGAAAAGCCACAUUCCUGAGUGAAGUCCUCUGUCCUCACUUCCUGCCCUUCCUAUGGUUGCCCAUAGGGCAUGCCCAGGAAUGUGUGAAGUCACAAUGCAGCAACAUAACAUGCAGCGAGGACGCAAUGACAGAGAAGGCAUGUGACAAGUUUAGAUAGAUCACCUUAUGAGAGCAAUUAUGAGAAAGAGCUUUAGUUAACAUUUUACUUUGGAAAAGAUUUUUAGUCUUGAUGUGGUUAAAUUUUGGCUUCUGAAGAAUUUAGUUCAAAUGGCCUUUUUACCGUAUGCCCCUUAGGCAAGGUCUUGGCAGCUCCCACCACCCUUCCUCUGAGAUCCUUUCCUCGGCUUGUCACACUCUGUUGUAUUCCUGUGCUUAAGAAGCAGGCUUCUCUCCAGCUACACUGCCAGUUCUUCAAAGACACGCCCUAGUCAUGUAUCCCUUACCACACUCCUUUUGUCCCACCUGUAUCCUCAUGCCUAACCCUGAUAGUUACACCACAGUGACACUUAAAUGCUCCUGAGUGAAUGGAAGGAAAAAGAGAUGUACUCAGGUAAUUUACACCUAAUUAAAGAAUUUAAAAGGAA